CGCGAGGCGUUUACCCGGGAAAAACUCCGCGUGCUGUGCAAUCUGUGCUCCUCGGCGGUGUCGGCCAUGGUGAAGGUUACAGAAAAGCUCCUGCUGGAGAAAGGCACUCCGAAGACUAACAAGUUGGACGAGAUCAGGACUUUGAAUCUCUCUGGCCUGGGCUUAAAUUGCAAAGACCUACCUGUCCCUUUGCUGUCCCGGCUGCGCAACCUGGAGCAGCUGAACCUGUCUGGGAACCGUCUGCAGGAGCUGCCCCGGGGUCUGUCCCUUCCUUCCCUGCGUAUGCUUGACUGCUCCAACAAUAACAUGGAGGAUGUCACCUCCCUGGAGUCCCUGCAUGCCCUGGAGGAGCUGCGGCUCCAGGACAAUGUGUACCUCACAGCCAGUGAUAACUGCAAGGUCAUGUUCUUCCUGCCCAAGCUGAGCAUGCUCAAUGGCAAAGACAUUAGAUCAUCUGCCAACCACCUGCGUCAUGUAAAUCACGAAAAUCUUAAAAAGCGGGUGGUACAGCUGUGGGAAACAAAAUUUUCCUUACCUAACCCACCAACAGAAAACAAACUGAAGGCACUGGAGAGUGACUUUGUAAAUGCAGUAUGCACACAGAUUAAAUUUGGUCCCAGCACACACAAUGACUACACAAAGUGGAGGGUGGAAAUACUUGCUAAAGAACACCUUUGUUCACUAAUGGUGAACAGAAAAGGGAGGGAAGAGGAAGAUGUCAACACCAAACACAUCAAUGGAAUCCCUUCCACCCCUAAGAGGAAGAUUCCAGACACAGAUGCUUGUAAAGACGAAGGCAGUGCAAUGAAGAGGGGGAGAACAACUGUAGCACCUCCACCCGAGAGCAGAUCCCGGACAUUUUCUCAUCUGCGAAGUUCCCCUCCAUCUUCAGAUGAAUCCCUCUGCAGCCAUAGGAGGAGUGGGCGCAUUGUGGCCUCCAGUAAUGGAGAGGAGUCCAGAAUGGAGACACCAAAGAAAUGCAUGAAAGCCACGCCAAAAAAGAGGGCAAAUGAGGACGGCAUGUCUGUGCAAGUAACUAUCCCUGAGUCAGAGGGGCUGGUGGGUCUGAAACCUCUUCAUGUGCUGCAGUGUCACAGCAAACAGGACAGCCCUGAGGAUUUUGGCACGCAGCUGUGGGCCUGCGCCUUCGAGCCUUCACGGGGCGACUCUGGGCAGACAUCCGAGUUUGUGGCUACUUGUGGGGGAGAGUCAAUCUGUCUAAUACACUGUGAGUCAGGGCUUGUACAGAAGAAAUACAAAGUUCCUGGAGAGGAGUUCUUCUCUUUGUCUUGGUCACGUGUGAUGAUGUCUCGGGGCAAUAGGACGGCACGGCCCUGCAGCAUCCUGGCAGCAGGGGGGAAGAGGGGAGUAGUGAAGCUCAUCCACCCCAGGGUCAGCAUCGCUUAUGGGGAGUUCCGCGCUAGCCGCCGCUCAAUCUCCACCCUGCGCUUCAGUGCCCGUCAGCAAAGCAUCCUUUUCACUGGGGCCUAUGACAACAAGAUUGUAAUGUGGGACAUUGGUGACGUGGACAGCGACUAUAACUUCAAAGUCCAACAGCUUCUGGUACUGCAGACCAGCUCCACGCCUCUGCAUCUUUGUCUUCCUCCCAACAACCCAGACACACACCUCCUGGCUGCCUGUGAUAAGGGGAUGCUUUGUUUCAACAUCCAGCUCAAUAAAAACAAGGCUCAGAGAUCUGCAGAUAUGGAAGUUACAUUUCCUGCAUACAAGAAGGAGGACAAACAUACGGAUUACCACACUAUUGACGGUCUGGCUUUCCUCACAGAUGACGUUGUAGUGUCCAAGUGUUUCACACUGGGGUCUAUAUACCUUUGGAGCUGGAGUCGUACCCGAGCCUCCCGUCCCAACAAUAACAGUGAGGUGUCUGCUGUGAUCUUGGCAGUCUUGCAGUGGUCCAGCACUGACCUGCCCUAUCUGUCACUUAGCACCUGUCCCAGUAAAGGCUAUGUGAUGUGCGGUGAUGAGAAAGGGGCAGUAUGGAUGUACCAUGUCACUGAAAUCCUCAAGAAUAAAGGGAAAAAUUUUGAUGCUGCCCCUCCUACUAAGGUGCUGCAGUGGCCUUCUCCCUUUAGGGAGGGAGUUGGCACUGUAGAGGGGGCCUCUAUUAACAGUGUGGCAGCAGACCCUCAGCUGAACUACCUAGUGGCACUGACUGACAAGAAUAUGGUUGUGGUGUGGAAGAGAAUAACUGAGUUCUGAGGGCACAUGCAAGGUCAUCCCUUCCCUCUUGUGCUCUCAGUCUGGGCAUUUAGCAGACAGCUGAACUUUCAUCGGAACAAAGGAGACCAUUUAAUAUCUGAAGAUUUAAUGACUAUUUUUAGUGUGAGUUAAGGGAUUGCUGUUAUUUAGAUCAAGAUUUAUGUGCAAU